AUGGAUACUCCAAGCCAUAGCCACACUGAAGGGAGCUUCAUAGCCGACCAAGCUCAACAUUCCAUCGAACUUCAGCGCGAUCACUCUGAUAGCGAAGCAGAGGAUACAAGAUCAACAACUAAGGAGGGCCAGCUCGACCUUCUAGUACAAUUCGCGCUAGAGCUAGCUGAGUUGACUUCCAGGGCAGCAAAUGUCCAGUAUAUGAUGGAAGCAAUAGUCGAAAGGCUUGCUACACUACAAGAAUUGGUAGAAAGACUGUAUCGUGACAAGCGUGACGGUACCCGGGAAGAAGUAACUUCAGAUGCUGCGGAGGCGGCGAGAGAGGGAGCUCUACCAGAGGUGGACGAGAAAUCUGAAAACCUAGAUACAGACCUCAAAUAA